UGUGAAUAUCGAAGAAGAAAAUAAAACAUUCAGUGAAUAAUAUUUGCAGAAACAAACUGUUAUCUGAAAAAUCUAAUUAAAAUCGCAAUCAACGCCAAACACCGAAGAUACGAAGAAAAAAAGUGAAAAAAGGGACGGUGUGAUCUAGCAAAAUACGGAGAAUAGAAAAAUAAAAUGAUAAAAUACGACGAAAAAUUUAAAUGUUUUGUGUGAUAAUAGGAGAGAAAAAACACAUCAAGUGGCGUAAACAUAAGUGGCUGUUAUAAUUGAAAUUACCACAUUUCAAAAAUCAACACAAACAUAAAAAAAAAAUAUUUAUUCGAUGUUUGGCAACAUACGUUUGAAUAAUUCAUAAAAGCAACUAGAGAGGUGUGUAUAAACUCCGUGUUCGAGUAUCAUUCAACUGUGUGCGCCGCACUUGAUGAGAUUUGUGAAAAUUAUUAUAACCGAAAUCACAUUAAACACCAGAUACCAGAUACUUAUGUUAAAUUGGAUCAUUUAUGAAGUAGCUGGAUACAAUCUAAUCGGGAGAGUGUGAACAACAACUGUGUAGCUCGAGUGCCUAACAAACGGACCCGACCACUUGGUGAAGUGGGGAUAUUUGAUUUGAAAAUCGGAAGUGAGCACUUUUUUUUCGAUUUUAAGAGUGAAUUGUUGAGCGUUGAAAAAACAUUCGGAAAUAUGAUGUCCGCACACAUAAAUUCGAUGUUGGAGCACCUUCGAGUGGGUCCAUUGAAACGCAUUAUGCCGACUGAAGCCGAUGAUAGCGGUCAACAGAAGCAACAGCAGCAGCAACAACCGAAAGACGACCAUCAACCAUCGACGGCCAACGAUUACGGCAGCAGCAGUAGUUCAACGAUGAUGGCCAAAGGCAAUGGUGCCAUUGUGAGCGGUGGCAGCGAUGAUGUUGAUAACAGCCGUGUAUCGGUGGUUAUCAAUGAUACGCGCAAAAAAUCGCUUAAAGAAUUCCCAAACGGCGGUGUCGUUGGCAUCAUUGACGCCGAGAAAAAGUUUGAUCCACGUAAACGGUACAGCAUCAGUAACGGUGAUCUACGUAGCAAUGGUAAGGGACGUGAACUAUCGCCCGCCGUCACAAUGAAGCAACAACAACGCAAACUCUCGGCUGAUAUGCGAUUGCGAGGCAGCAAUUCACAGUUAACUGAUGAUUAUCUACUUCGUCGACCCGUUCGCCUGCGUAGCAUGUGCACGAAUUUUGAGGUGUACGAUUCAUUACACACAAAAGCCAUGGACCAAACACCGAGCAAUGCGUUGGCGUGUUCGCGAGCCAUUUGCAUGGGGAGCAUUGUGCACGGUGCAAACUUCCCAUUAAUCACAACCGAAGCGCGCAAGCCAGACGUGAUACUUGAACAUGCUAAAGACUUUCUCGACCAAUAUUUCACAUCGAUUCGACGACACAAAUCACCGGCACACGAAACCCGAUUUAAACAAGUACAAAAGGAUAUUGAAGCAACAGGAACAUAUCAUCUGACUGAAACGGAAUUGAUUUAUGGUGCAAAAUUGGCCUGGAGAAAUUCGGCCCGUUGCAUCGGUCGAAUUCAAUGGUCCAAACUACAGGUAUUCGAUUGUCGAUUGGUAACCACAACGAGCGGAAUGUUUGAAGCCAUUUGCAAUCAUAUCAAAUAUGCGACGAAUAAGGGAAAUUUGAGAUCGGCCAUAACGAUAUUCCCACAGCGAACGGACGGUCGUCAUGAUUAUCGCAUUUGGAAUUCGCAAUUAAUUUCAUAUGCUGGCUAUCGGUCGCCCGACGGCCGUGUCGUCGGUGAUCCAGUGAAUGUGGAAUUUACCGAGGUGUGUACGAAACUCGGUUGGAAAGGUAAGGGCACCGAAUGGGAUAUAUUACCAUUGGUUGUGUCAGCGAAUGGGCAUGAUCCAGAUUAUUUUGAUUACCCACCGGAUUUAGUGCUUGAAAUUCCACUAAGUCAUCCCACAUAUACAUGGUUUUCGGAAUUGAAUUUGAGAUGGUAUGCGGUGCCAGCCGUAUCUAGCAUGAUGUUUGAUUGCGGUGGCAUUCAGUUCACAGCCACAUCGUUCAGUGGAUGGUAUAUGUCGACAGAAAUCGGUUGCAGAAAUCUAUGUGACGUGAAUCGGAGAAAUUUAAUCGAAAAAAUUGCUCAGAAACUGGAUCUCGACACACGCACUCCAACAUCACUGUGGAAGGACAAAACACUUGUUGAAGUGAAUAUCGCUGUUUUGCACUCGUAUCAAAGCCACAAUGUCACCAUUGUCGAUCAUCAUACAGCCAGCGAAAGCUUCAUGAAGCACUUGGAAAAUGAAACAAAACUGAGAAACGGUUGUCCAGCGGACUGGGUAUGGAUUGUUCCGCCGAUGUCAUCGUCGGUACUUCCGGUAUUCCAUCAGGAAAUGGCGUUGUAUUACUUAAAACCAUCGUUUGAUUACCAAGAACCCGCCUAUAGGUGCCACGUAUGGAAAAAAGAUCGAGAUAAAUCAAAGUCACGCAAACCACGUCGCAAGUUCCAUUUCAAGCAAAUUGCCAGAGCGGUGAAAUUUACAUCUAAAUUGUUUGGUCGUGCAUUAUCGCGUCGUAUCAAAGCCACAGUGUUGUAUGCUACAGAGACGGGCAAAUCGGAGCAGUAUGCAAAACAACUGGUUGAACUUUUGGGCCAUGCAUUCAACGCACAGAUCUACUGCAUGUCUGAUUACGACAUCUCUUCCAUUGAGCAUGAGGCGCUUUUACUAGUCAUCGCUUCUACCUUUGGGAAUGGGGACCCCCCUGAAAAUGGAGAGGAAUUCGCACAAGGAUUAUACGCGAUGAAGCUUCAAGAGAGCGGCGACAGCAUCGACUAUCAUAAGAGCAUAACGGUGUCAUCAAAGUCAUUCAUGAGAGCCAAUUCCCGGUCUGACUUUGGCAAAGUGAACUUCCAACAGGUGCGUAAAAUGGAUCGAUUGGACUCGUUGCGCGGUUCAACCACUGAAACGUACACGGAAGAAACAUUCGGCCCAUUGUCAAAUGUACGUUUUGCUGUGUUUGCACUCGGUUCAUCGGCCUAUCCAAACUUUUGUGCGUACGGCAAGUAUGUGGAUAAUAUUUUGGGCGAAUUGGGUGGUGAACGACUCACCAAAAUCGCCUAUGGUGAUGAAAUGUGCGGUCAAGAGCAUGCCUUCCGAAAAUGGGCACCGGAAGUCUUCAAGGUGGCUUGUGAGACAUUCUGCUUGGACACGGACGAAUCAUUCUCAAGUGUUACACUCCACAGCGAAUCACUGACCAUUGAUACAGUUCGUUUAGUGCCUGUGAAUGAGACCAUUCCACUUGACGUUCAAUUGGGCAAAUAUCAUAAUAAAAAUGUCGUGGUCGGUCGAACCAAAGUCAAACCGCGUAAUUUACAUCGGUCGGCCACCGCUGCUCGGUCAACAAUCUUAGUCGAAAUCGAGGCAAACAACGUUCAUUACGAGCCCGGCGAUCAUGUCGGCAUAUUCCCGGCCAAUUGUACCAAUAUCGUUGAUGGCAUUUUGAAUCGAUUGAACGGCAUUGAUAAUUUCGAUGAAAUUCUACAGCUGCAAUUGCUCAAAGAGAAUCACACGACCAACGGAGUUACAAAGAGCUGGGAACCACACGAAAAACUACCAGCCUGUUCAUUGCGGACGCUAUUAACACGAUUCUUGGAUAUCACAACACCACCAACACGACAACUGUUAACACUCUUAGCGACAUUCUGUGAAGACAAAGCCGAUGAAGAACGGCUUAACAUACUAGCGAAUGAAUCGUCGGCAUAUGAAGAUUGGCGCCAUUGGCGACUACCCCACUUGCUUGAAGUGCUUGAAGAGUUUCCAUCGUGCAAACCGCCCGCAUCAUUGUUCAUUGCCAAUUUGGUGCCGAUGCAACCGCGAUUCUACUCCAUAUCAUCUUGUCCCAAUAAAUGUCGAGACCAGAUCCACUUGACGGUGGCUGUCGUAAAGUAUCGUGCCGAAGACGGUGAGGGUGCUGAGCAUUAUGGUGUGUGUAGUAACUACUUAGAAGGACUUCAAGAGAAUGAGAAUUUAUACUUGUUUGUGCGAAAUGCAUCGAGUUUCCAUUUACCAAAAGACACAUCAAAGCCCAUCAUUCUGAUCGGUCCCGGCACAGGCAUCGCUCCAUACCGAGCAUUCUGGCAACAUUGGGACUAUUUAAAGGAACGAGAUUCAAAUACACAAUUACCGAAGGUUUGGCUAUUCUUCGGGUGUCGAACUGAAGCGUUGGACUUGUACAGUGACGAGAAGCAGGAUAUGGUCGAAAAGAGAAUUUUAGAUAGAGUCUUUUUAGCAUUAUCAAGAGAACAAAAUGUCCCCAAGACUUAUGUACAAGACUUAGCUGCCAAGGAAGCUGACGACAUUUAUAAGUUAAUCGUAACGGAAGAGGGCCACAUUUACGUGUGUGGAGAUGUUACAAUGGCCGAACACGUAUACUUAACGAUUAGAAAAAUAAUCGCUUCGAAAGAGGGCAAAACGGAAUCGGAAGUGGAAAAGUAUUUAUUGGCAUUAAGGGAUCAAAAUCGAUAUCACGAAGACAUAUUCGGAAUAACUCUGCGUACGGCUGAAAUUCAUAAUAAAUCAAGAGCAACGGCUAGAAUAAGAAUGGCAUCUCAACCAUAGUAAAGCACACAGCAAUCGAAACCAUAUGGGUGGCAUGAGAUAAACGAAAUUGAAUAUCCAAUCGAAUAAUAUAUACACUAAACGCAUCGACAUCGCAGUGCGUGAACAGCAUCUAAUCUACUUUAUAAACUGUGGAUGGCUUUCGAUGUUCCUUAUUUAUUUUUCCAUUGUGCUCAUUCAUAAAUCAAACAUCGAAAUCCAAUUACAAUCCUUUUUUUCUCUCGAAAUUGUCACAAAUAACUUAGCUUUUAAUCAUUGAUUGUUCGACACAAGUUGCAACGUUAGCUCCGCGCGUUGGGUAAGUCAUGUAUAUAAACUAUAAUAUUAUAAACAAAACAAACAUACGUUUUUGGAUGGCUCAACGUCUCAGCAUUUCGUAUGCAGCGUAUAUA